CGAUCAUCUGAGCCGUUCAUGUAUGGUAGUAGUGGGAGGCUCUGACUGGCACCUUCACCUUCCUUGGAGCCGAUGGAAGGCCGUAUCUAUAGCCUGAGGGACGACCUGAGCCUCGUGGUUCGAUUUUGAACUCUACCCCCUCGAGGUCAGUUUCAAAUCGAUACAGCAAUCAUGUUGUCCCUACUACAAUGCAGCGCGUGGGUACUUACCCUCUUUGGCUUCGCUUUCUGUGACCACAACUCUGCCAACAUAGGUCUCUGGGACAGACCAAGAGCUGCUCUGAUCAGAGACAAUGUAUAUCUCGAAGGUGGUUAUAUGCAAACUGGAAUCUAUGUCAAUGGCACGUGGAAUUCGUUGGAAUCCUCCACCUCGUCCGAGGGCUUUUUGUACAAACUCAGCAUGCAUGACGCGUUUGAUACCACCAAGGCCAACCCCGCCGUAUUCCAAUCGAUCAAUGAGGGACCCAUCAGCAAUUACUACCUUGAUGGAUAUAUGUUCGCCGACUAUGAUGAGUUUUACGCUUACGGGGGCAUGUACUACACUUCUGGAGACACUAUCACAGACCGCACAGUGAACGACCCUCUGUACGAUAUUCCCCCGGAUUCGAACAUCGUGGCAGGCGUGCCCAAUGUUGCAUACUCCCCCCAGAGUGGGAGUUUCAUUAAAGACAUAACAAACGGCGCUGGCGCUAAUGCUCCGAGUGAGAACCUCAGCUUCUACUUCAGCGGCAAAUACAAUGCAGAUGGCACGGCCUUCUCCUAUUUCGACCCACCAAAGGACUAUUCCCCAUGGCUCAUCAAGGUUGACACCAGCCUUCAAGGCCACGCGGACUGGUCGCGAGAGGACCUGACACUCAGCGACAUCACUCUGCGAUCCGAAGGGGCUCUUGUCUGGAUUCCUGCCUCAACACAAGGACUCCUAAUUGCGAUUGGGGGUGUCGUCUAUCCUGCAGAUUUGAACGGGUAUCUCAAGACUGACAACGCAACCGACAUCACGGUGGCGAAGAGCUUUUUGACCGAAUUUCCGGUGUACGAUAUCGGCUCUAGCACAUGGAGUACCCAGAAGCUUAGUCCAGGAUCUGCAAUACCAGAUGGUCCGCUGGCACAAUUCUGCACUGUUGUCGCAUCCAGCGCCGACUAUUCUCACCAUGAAAUCUUUGUCUACGGAGGUUGGGACAGCAACGGAGGCCUCUCGAAUGGUGAUGUGUGGAUUUUGAGCGUGCCUUCCUUCACAUGGAUCAGGGCAAACGUUGAUGGGACCAGAAGACAGGGCCAUGUCUGCGUGUCUCCAUACCCCGACCAAAUGAUUGUUAUUGGCGGUACGGGAGAUUAUGGAGCCGGAUUGGACAGCAACAACAGCGUCGACGUCUUCAAUCUGAACGACCUCAGCUGGACAGGUAAAUACGAUCCCGCUGUUCAUGAUGACUACAAGCCCGCUCCGACCGUAGUCAGCGUCAUUUCCGCGACCCCGACCGCGAGCGGCAUGUCUUCGCAGGUCUCCAAUUGGUUCGCUCAGGCGUACAACAAGGACCUGAUCAGAACCUGGGCCCCUUACAAUGCAACCACCACCACGACGUCAACGAACACUGCCACGAACACUCCGACCCCAUCACCGCAUCACGACAGGGGCUGGGUCGUCCCAGUUGCUGUCACCAUCCCCGUUGUGGUUGGUGUUGCCUUUUUUGCCGGCCUCAUAUUCUUCUGCUGCCGGAGGGCAAGAAAAGACCGCCAACAAAAGCAAGAGGUAUCCGAAGCGAACAACAGGAAGAGUGGUAUCAUGUCGUGGUUGCGGUCGACAUCUUCAGGAGCGCCUGGCAAAGACGUUGGAACCGAGUCAUCCGUCACUGAGGUGGACCAUCCUCACUCUCCACCAUCGAUGGCACAAAUUGCGCCUCACGAGCUUGAAGGGGGCUACUUUGUCAGGAGUGAUCCAGGAAGUAACCAGGAGCGCUGGUCAUCAUCUACACCUGUGCGAUCACCUAGAGCUGAAUACGAUGGCCCGGUCGAGGGUCCAGACACCGAAGUUCACGAGGUUCAUGGCUCUUCUCGAAUCACCCGCCCUGACGACAUCAACUAUGAUAUUCGUAACAUGACCAUGUACCCGCCUAGUUUCGUCAGCGGUGGCCAAGGUAGGGCAAUGGGCAGCUCUUCAGUCUCACAAUCAGGAGAUUCCAACGCGCCUGCAUCACCAAACACCACGUCAGUAGGCAUCGCAAGCUCUGGUUUUGCACCCAUUCCCGAGGGCGAAAUGGCACUGGGGAAUGAGCACACCACGGGCUUUGACAGAGCGAUUUCACCAAUUGAUCUCCGGCGGGACUCGAGACCUGCGCAUGAGCGCAAGGCCUCUGAUGUCAGCAGCGCUUCAUCGCUGCCAUCACCAGACGGUGAGGAUCAAUCCGCUCUCCCAAACAGGCCGAGAGCUUCACGAAGCGUUUCCGGAGAGGAUAUCGAUAUAGGGGAGCAGGGGAAUCGCACGAUAUAAUACGGUGCCUGAGUGGCCAGAGGACUUGAAAACCGCUCCCAUUCUCUGCGAUGGAUUGUCUAGAGAUAUCACAGGGCUUUCAUUGACAUUUUCCUUACGUGUUUAUGACUGGACGACACGGGUAUGAGCGCGACGGAGGCAAUGAGUUGAUAGCAAAAUAAUCUUUAUAUGUUUUAUUCUGUGGACUCAAAGUUCCGACCUAGGAAGCUCAUAGAGCGGUCGGGUCUGCACUGCUGCUAGCAGAAAUAAUAUCCGUCAACAAAAUCUCUGUCGAACAGGUUUCGUCGGC